GAUUAAACACAAAACACAGAAACAGUCGUAUUUGUGAAAGAAUUCAAAAUUGCAGGUAGAUGAAUCUUGCGAGCUUGGUGCGAGCCUCAUCUCUCUCAGCCACAUCCACAUCAAGAAUUCUCCAUCGCUCCAUCGCGAUUAGACCCUUUUCUUGUUGUUCGAUUUCGAAUAUACCCAUUUCAAUAAACCCUAAAACCCCAAUUUUUCUCAGACCACCCACCUUCUCCGCAACCCUAUCCGACCUCCAAAAGUGGCAAAAUUGGGCGAAAACCUUAGCCUCCUCAGUCGGGUCAUCCUUCACGGAUUCAGAUAACGGUCCGGACUCUCACAAUUUGCACAGAGAACUCAAUUGGCUCAUCGAAGACGCUCUAGAAAACCCCCAAUCGUUAUUAACUAGCAACGAAUAUGAAAUCGAUUCUGUUUUGAAUCUAAGAGCUGAUUUGGGUGAUCUGUACUCAUUAUGGAAGCAAAGGAUUGAACAGAGAAGGCCAUUUCAGUAUGUAGUAGGGUGUGAGCAUUGGAGGGAUUUGGUGCUAAGUGUUGAAGAAGGGGUUUUGAUUCCAAGGCCUGAGACUGAAUUAAUAGUUGAUUUGGUGGAUGAUGUGAUUAAGGAGAAUGAAGAAUUGAAGGAGGGUUUAUGGGUUGAUUUGGGGACUGGUAGUGGUGCAAUUGCAAUUGGGAUUAUGAGGAUUUUAGGGGAUUUUGGGAGAGUUAUUGCAAUUGAUUUAAGUUCUGUUGCUGCUCAAGUUGCUUCAUUCAAUGUCAAAAGGUAUAAUUUGCAGGAUAAAAUUUCUGUAAAGCAAGGGUCAUGGUUUGAACCGUUGAGUGAGUUUGAAGGACAAGUUGCAGGCCUUGUAAGCAAUCCACCAUACAUACCGAGUGGCCACAUCAGUGGACUCCAAGCCGAAGUUGGCAGACACGAACCAAUACUCGCAUUAGAUGGUGGCGAAGAUGGCAUGGCUGACCUUCUGCAUCUUUGCAAUGGUGCCGCUUUGAUGCUAAAAUCUGGCGGAUUUUUCGCUUUUGAGACAAAUGGUGAAGAUCAAUGCAGGUUUCUUGUGGACCAUAUGGAAACCGUUUACGAUGGCAGUUUCUACAAUCUAAAGAUCGUACCAGAUUUUGCUGGCAUUGAUCGUUUUGUCACUGGGAUUAGAUCAUAAGCUGUUAAAACUUGAAGUGUAACUUCUAAUUUGUGACACUUAUUACUCAAUUCUUGGAAGACAUGGCUAAAUUCAAAUUCGAAUUCAAAUUAUCUGUCGCCA